UUUGAUGAAGUGUUGUGGCCUUAUUUUAAUAUGUAUUUUGAUUGUACCGAAAAGAACACAAAACCAACUAACACAAUGACAGUUACUUAAACAAACAAUCACAAAACACAAAAAUUCGUUUCAAAUGCUGAUUACGUCAUCAGGUUAGCCUGUGACAAACGUCUCCCGAACAGACAUUCAAAAAUCAUUAUUGUUCAUAUGAAUCUACCAAGGAGGUCUAUACCUGGAAAAAUCAAACCAAAAAUAUUUGCGAUUUAAAUGUUGCUUGCGUUAAAUUUCGCAGGGUACGAGUUGGAUGUGGGAUAUUCCUACUUGAUAUCUCCGACCAUAAAUGCAUUCCAUUCCAGUAGCCUAUUUUACACUUAGGAAACUCCUGAUUUUGCCAUAACAAUGCAAAAAGCUUUUGCCAAUUUCUUGAAGUGAAAAUCAGUCCACCUUUCCUGUUUAAUAAAUUAAACAAUCACACGGUCAUGCAGAACAUCUCGUGUUUUUAAAAUCCAUAACAUAUAUUUCUCAAUGACAAUAGCGAUGAGAGCUGUCUGCAAGAUACGUCUGAAAAAAACGUAUAUGAAAAAAAAUUAAUGGGAAAAUACUUUCGACUACUUUUUUGGCGGAAGGGAUUACAGACACAGAUUAAGUUUGAUUAUACUAAUCACAUUUUUGACGAUUUUCAACCAAAUCACUGCAGAGAUGUUUUCCUAAUAACACCUUGUGUUCUGGCAUAUGACACUACAAAUGUUUAACCUAUUUAAAUAUUCUGGUGUCACCGGUUUCUGUUGUUCAAACACUUGAAAUGUAACCAAAUGUUAGAAAAAGACCUUUACUUUGAAAUGUGAACUGCAGCUGCUGGUUUACAAGCAAACACGCCCUAUGUAGAAGGGUUGGGCUCUUUAAUUUACUCAGGGACUGACCUUUUAAACUUUGCCACUUGUAUAGACUAAAUGACGUAAGUAACUGUCUGUUUUGCUGGUGGAGUAAUAGUUGGAUAGGUUCCAUCCGUUCUAAAACGAUAUGCUAAUAUGCUAAAACGAUGGCGAAUGUACCUUGCUGUUGCUUGUUGUGGAGUAAUUACAGUUGUUUGUAUCCUGACUUUGAACAGCACAGUGCUUUCGCCGUCUCUUAUCAGGCCGACUCCGACACUUAAAGAGCUAUAUGAUGUGAUCUCACCAUCAACUUACAGAUACAUUCUAAACCAGCCAGAAGUCUGUGAGAGGAACAGCCCUCCUUUCUUGAUUCUUAUGAUCCCAUUGACUCUCGAAAACACCGAGGCGAGGACAGCUAUAAGAUGGACAUGGGGUCAAGAGAACUUGAUUCCACAUGUGAAUAUUUUGCGAUUAUUUGUUAUUGGUCAGCCCACAAAAAGCAACCCAGUGCUUCAGCAACAUCUUGAGAGAGAGAGCAAGGAAUAUGGGGACAUCAUUCAAAUGGAUUUUGUCGACACCUACCAAAAUCUCACAAUCAAGACAAUGAUGAUCAUGCACUGGAUAGCUACUUACUGCCAGCGUGCCUGGUACGCCAUGAAGAUUGAUGCAGAUAUUUUUCUCAACGUGCGUUACCUUGUUGACUACCUAUAUGCCCAGGGUAAGUUCUCAAGACAAGACUACAUCACAGGAUCAGUCAUCAAAAAAUCUCAUCCAAACAGGAACAGCAUCAACAAGUGGUAUAUCUCAGAGGAUAUUUACCCAGACACCGUAUAUCCCCCAUACUUGUCUGGAGCUGCAUAUGUCUUUUCUUCUGACCUGGCCAGAAAAAUAUCAUUGGCCUCUAGGUUUGUGCGGCCAAUUCCACUUGAAGAUGUCUAUGUGGGGUUGUGCCUGCAACACCUAGGUGUACACAGAGGCAUUGUAGACCUUGCAUUGCAGUGCUAACAGCUGUUCAGGUGAAUCCCAUAACAUGGUUGGUGAUGGGCAGGAAUCUACUAGGUGCUAGUAUACCUGCAUCUGGCAGUCUAUGAAAAAC